AUGGUGGUCUCGUACACGCAGGAGCACGUGUACCUCCACCCCUGGCACCGGGUCACCGCGGCGGCGUGGCGCAAGUUCACCGACCCGGCGGCGCGCGCCGCGCCGCUCUCCCACAUCCUGGACGUGCAGACGCUGUCCCGGGACGUCGACCCGCGCGCCGGCCGGCUCCACGCCGUGCGUGCCAUCGCGGGCCGGCCCCCGCCGCUCCCGUUCCUCCUCCGCGGCCUCGCGGCCACCGCCGGCGCCGGCGGCGUGGUGCUCUGCGUGGAGCGCACCUCCGUGGACGCGGCCGCGCGCGCCAUGCGGGUGGUCUCCCGCAACGCCACCUUCCGGCGGCUGGUGGACGUGGAGGAGCGGUGCAGCUACGCGCCCCACCCGGAGCGGCCGGACGAGUGGACGGUGUUCACGCAGGAGACGAGCAUCCGGUGCGCGCCGCUGGCGGCCGUGUCGGCCACGGUGGCCGAGAUGGUGGAGCGGCGGUGCGCAGAGAGCUUCGCGCAGAACGCGGCCAAGGGGAAGGAGGUCGUCGAGAGGAUCUGCGACGGCCUCGCGCUCGCCGACCACGUCCCAGGACCCUCCCCGGCCGAGGGAGAAGAACAGUAG